AUGGCAUGUGAGAAUAACUGUGUCAAAAGGCACCAAACUAACAGCCAUGGUCACGAAUACAGUUCCGCGGUUUGUCCCCACCGCAACCUUAAUGCCGAUGCGCCAUCCUCAACACUCACGCCCUCGACGUUAGGUACCUCCGGCAAGUCAUGCUCCAACAGCCCACUGGCCUGGUGCUUCCAAUCCCAGCUUCUCCGACCACAAAGCGCUCAACCCACCCAUUCUGAACGAUAUUGCACCAAAUCAAAUGAAAUCUACGAGAAUUCGCCAUCCUACCUGGACGAAGCCGAUGGCGAUGCUAGCAGCCUGCAGUCCGAUAAAACCUCAAAUUGUGACUCCGCUACACUAUGCUCCCUUAUUUCCGACUUAGAGGAGGAUUCUAUCAUUACUGAGGUGAGUUCGGUCUCUAUGCACCCAAGUGAUUGGAGUCUAUCAUCCCAACUCACUGUCAAAUCAAACAAGUCCGUAAAUCAGGCACCAGAGAAAUUCAAAGCCUCCAUCCUCGAAUCGACGCUUGAUCUGAUGAAAUAUCGCCUCAAUUAUCCCCUCCUCUUGGCAAAGUCUCGCCACAUUACCAGUACAAAAAAGCCUUUUACGUGUGCACAAAGCCUUGGUUCGUUUGCUGAAGAGAUUCUACGCAAACGCGCCGACCGAGAACCUCCAAAUCCUGUUGCUAGACCCAGUACUUUGGACUCAGCGUUGUGGUAUAUUAAACACCAGUGGAAGCACCGUUACUACACUCUACUAGAUGCCGUCGACCUACUCUACAAGGACUACCAACUAUUGCACCACAUUUGUGCAGAUCAGAACCAACGCAGCCAUCAUGUCGCGUUUCCCCAACGCCUUCUGUCCAGCUAUUCGACGGAUAACUUUGCUAUGGAAAAUGACAGAGUCAUUCAAAUCAGUGUGCUAGCCGGCGCUGACCCUGUUACCCACCUGGCCAAUAGGAUUGCAGAGCACAUGGCUUGUCCUCUAGCUCAUGCCUGGCCGCACCGUUUCAAUGCCUCCGUGCGCUUCAUUCUAGACGUAAUUGCGCAGUGUCGUUUGCUGCGUGUGCAACUGGACAAGAUGAAUGAAUUUAGUGAUAGAGCAUUUCGACUGACAACGCAAGCGAGAGAGCAACGGAAUCGCUUGAGGAAGUACAUGGUAGAGCAACGUGCAGCUAUCACAGAAGUCGCCAACUCGCUCAAAGAAGUGCGUGAGCGAAUCACACACAUGCAACGAGGACCACCGGUAGAAAUCAGACACAGACAGAGUCUCUCACAGGAGGAACAGAAUGUAGUGCAAAUAAAGGAAAAAAUAGCCAAUCAACGGUCGCAACUCUCGAUCCUGGGAACUGUGCUAAGGGAGGAGGAGAUGAAACGUCGAUAUAUACACAACCGACUUCAAGAAAUUACCGGGAACAUCCGCGUCCUCUGCCGGGUGCGUCCGCAUAGCCCGUCACGGAAACCUUCCAUCGAUUACCUCAAGGUCACCUCCAACGACAAACUACUACUCUGUCCAAACGACAUUCCUGAGGUCCUCCUUGGUAGAGCCUCCGCUACACUGAAGUCCCUCAAAUCGACCACCAAUUCGGAAGGCUACAAAUGCUUUAUCUUUGAUAAAGUCUUUGGUCCAGACGCACGGCAAGAGGCUAUCUACAAAGAAGUCGAUGAUUCUAUCAUUUCCUGUGUAGAUGGCUUCAACGUUUGCAUAAUGGCAUAUGGUCAAACUGGAAGUGGGAAAACACACACCAUGGUGGGAAGUGCACAGAACCCUGGGGUGAAUCGCCGAGCAAUUCAACGACUUCUACAGUUGUGUAAGUCUCGCAAACACUGGACUUACCAACUCUCCAUGAGCAUGCUUGAGGUUUAUCAGGAGGAGGUCUUCGAUCUCUUGGUUGGUGGUGCAACGGACAAGACAAGUGGUGGCGAUUGCGCAAUCAGUGACUGCAGAAGUGCGCAAAGUGUAGACCUCUCGACUCAAAGUCGACAGUUCAGUCCAACCGGGUUCAUGACCUCCACUUCAGGUAACAGCUUCGCGCAACCGCGGCCAUCACAUCAACGACGGCUGUCCAUGGUGCGACUCCUAUCAACUCGUGAGGACGAACUGGUGCUUCAAAAUCUAACUGAAAAGAUUAUUGAAGGCGAGGAGGACAUCCUUCAACUUCUAGAAAUAGGAGAAAGGCGGCGAAUUACCGGAGCCACUCGCCUCAACACUAACAGCUCAAGAUCUCACAUGCUGCUUCUACUACGAAUCACCGGUAAGCAUAUAGUCAACAAGACGCAGAGUCGCGGAACCCUCAUUCUCGCCGACCUAGCUGGGAGUGAGAAUAUCGGCAAGUCGGGUUCGGUGGGAAAACGUUUUCAGGAGGCCACGUGCAUCAACAAGUCACUCUCUUGUUUGGCUCGCGUCUUCGAUUCCUUACGCAAGCGUCUAAAACCGACCUACAGGGAGACCAAACUGACUUACUUGUUAAAGCCCACUUUGGGAGGGGAUGCUAAGUGUCUAGUGUUGGUGAAUAUUCGUAGUGAACCGGAAAACUUGGACGAGACUCUCCGCGCAAUACAAUUUGGUCAAGGUGCUCUCCAAGUGGCUCCGUGGAAGUCCAGCAAUUUUGGGCCCUCACAAACUGCUGGUGAUCGACACCUAAGAAACCCGCAACCUCUCCUCUCGCGUGGUUGGAGGCGGUAA